GAUGGCGGAGAAGACUGAAUUAACGUGUGUUACAAACGCACAGAAUAAUAAGCGUUCUGUAGAUUUAUCCCGCGUGAAGAAUAAGGAGAGAAGAAUGCAGUUGUAUAAGAAAGAAAACAGAAAAGCAAAAGAACGAAAGAAAAAAAGAAAGAGGGAGGAAGAUGAAUUAGGAGAAGAGGCACCACCAAAACAAGUGCCAAAAACCAUUGAAAACACGAGACUUCCCGAUGAAACAAUGGUGGUUGCCGAUGACGAGGAGGUGUUGCAUGACGAAGAAAAUGACGAAUUAAGUUCUUACUUCAAAUGUGAAAUUCGACCUAAAGUACUGCUUACUACAAGUAACAAACCAAAUUUGAAAACAGUUCAGUUCGUUGAUGCUCUUUGCCAAAUUAUACCUAAUUCGGAAGUGAGGUAUAGGAAAGGCAUUGCUAUUAAGAAAAUAAUCCCUCAAGCAGUGGAAAGAGGAUUUACGAAUCUUGUUAUCGUGAACGAAAAUCACAAAGAACCAAAUGCUUUAUGGAUAAUUCAUCUUCCUGACGGGCCGACGGCGCAUUUCAAAUUAAGCAGCGUGAAAUUAUCGAAGGCAAUCAAGAAUCAUGGACGAGCAUCGUCGCAUCGACCGGAAGUCGUACUAAAUAACUUCAAAACGAGGCUGGGUCAUUCCGUUGCUAGGUUGUUGGCUUCCUUAUUUCCUUACGACCCUCAGUUCCAGGGAAGGCGAUGCGCGACAUUCCACAAUCAAAGGGAUUUUAUAUUUUUUCGACACCAUAGAUAUAUAUUCAAGAACUCGCAGAAAGCAGGCCUUCAAGAACUUGGUCCUAGAUUUACGCUUAAGUUGCGUUCACUGCAACGUGGUACAUUUGACACAAAGUUUGGACAGUAUGAAUGGAUACAUAAGCGAAAAGAAAUGGACAAGAGCCGACGAAAAUUCGUUUUGUGACUCAUCUUUCAAGCCGCUCCAUGCCAAUGUGAACAGUGUUAUACCAGAUACAUGACUAACUGGUUAUGAAAUGGCCGAGUCAUUUUUCUUUGAGCUGCGUCAUUUCACAAAUUGAUCGAAUUGCCAGAGUCGUAUAUUUUGUUUGGCGUGUUUCAUAUCACAGCUACUUGACUUAAUUUUCUUGAUAUACGAAGGGGACUUUUAUGGAUUGAAAGCUAUUAAAAUCUGGUGUGGUGGCAACUCGUCUUUGCCAAAAAACCCGCCCGUGCAAUAUGAGGCAUUUUUUCAGGUUUAUUUGAUCCCUCGUCCCGUGCAUAUAUCAAAUGUAGUCAAGCCAAAUGCUUACAUGUAGGGGCGCAUCAAACGAUUUUAUGGCAAUUUUAUAAAUUUACAUCGCUGGAUUAAAUUUGCGACCUGGGUACGCCAACACUGGCAGACGAACGUCUUUAUUCACUUCAAAGCACAUCAAAAAGCAGUUCAUUUGUCAUGUUUAGUUGUCGAUAAGCAUUUCAAACUCUGUCGUUUAAUAUAAUUGACAGUGAAAAAGUAUUUCAUUCAGCACAACAGAUAUUACAGAAAAGACAAGUUGUCUUUUGCUUGUUAUAAAACACAACAAUAAAAUGUUAUUUUGCUUA